UACACACACAUACAACCUCAUCCAUACACCCAUACGCACCCGCGCAGGCUUGCGGAGCUAUGAUUCCGCGGUGCGCACUCUCCCGUUCCACACUAUUUCUUCACUGAUCACUCUCUAGGCCUGUAUCGAUCAUCUCCGACACAGGCCUGUCACUUAUUUUUUUCAUCAUUCUGAUAUGCAAAUCCAAAUUCUCUGUAGCAGUGUUGACCGGAGCUGAGAGGGCGAGUGAUUGAGAGGGGGAGAGAUGAGAGGAGGCACAUCGUCAGAUGUUUAGUAGAUUGAUUUUGGAUCCUCGCCAUCAUUUCUGCGAUUUUUUUAGUCUUUUCCUCACUCCGUGUGCCGGGUUCGUGACAUCCUGCGGCUCUCCAUGCUGUAAUCCGGGGGAAUAUGUGAAGAUCAUGCUGGCGGUGUGGUGCUUCACGGUCUUUGCUGCAGUGGGCGAGAGGCUUGCAGUCUCAGGUGUUGACAGGAACCUGGAGCAGGAUGGAAGCAUGUGGGACUGGUUUGCCCCAAUGGGCCGGGCGGAUAGUGGGGACACUGCAACCGAGAUCAUUUAUCCAAAGCGCCUGGUACAGCAAAUCAAGUCGGAGGAAGAAAUGGCUCAUGACUACUUGGGUACCAGGGUGAAGAAUAGCACCGGGGACACCUUGCCUGUCCACUUGGCCCAGAGCUGUUUCCAAGUAGAAGCCUUUGGACGCACCUUCACUUUAGACCUGGAAUUAAAUCACCAUCUUCUGUCUUCAGAUUAUGUAGAACGGCACUUUAACCAGGAUGGCAGACCCUUUCAGUCUGUGGGAGGGGAACACUGCUACUAUCAGGGAAGGUUAAGAGGUUUACCAGAGUCCUGGGCAGCAGUCUCCACAUGCCAUGGCUUGUGUGGCAUGUUCUCUGAUGGCUUCUUCAGUUACGGUAUUGAGCCCUUUCACAAUGACAGCAAUCAGUAUGAUGGUGCUCACCUAAUACGCAGGAUGCCUGAUAUCAGACUUCCGGCCCAUUGUCCAGACUGUACAGAGGACAGUGAGUGGGAUGGCAGAGGAGGUGAUGGCGAUGAUGAUGACAGACCGGACCAAGUGAGGGAGCAGCAGGCGUCUGGGGGUCUGCGACGGUCCAAGCGAAGUGUUCGCAAGCCCUCUGUGCAGACUGAGACCAAAUAUAUUGAGCUGAUGGUGGUCAAUGACAAUGAUAUGUUUGUACAGCUGCGUCGCUCAAGCAGCCAAACCAAGAACUUUGCCAAAGCUGUGGUCAACACGGCAGAUACGAUCUAUCAGGAACAGCUGAACACAAGGAUCGUACUGGUCGCCAUGGAGACCUGGACCUCUAAAAAUAUGAUGCCAGUAGUGGAAGACCCAUUGAUAACGCUGCAAAACUUCAUGAAGUACAGGAAGGACAACAUCAGAGAGCAGAGUGAUGUAGUCCAUCUUUUCUCAGGGCGUAACUUUCAUAGUAGCCGUAGUGGGACAGCCUUCACAGGAGGGGUGUGCUCUCCAACAAGAGGAGGAGGAAUUAACGAGUAUGGAAAUGUAGGUGCAAUGGCCAUCACUUUGUGCCAGAGUCUUGGCCAGAACAUUGGGAUGAGGUGGAACAAUGCACGUAACUCUGCAGGAGACUGCAAAUGCCCAGAUGCCUGGGUGGGAUGCAUCAUGGAAGACACAGGAUUCCAUCUGCCCAGAAAGUUUUCUCGCUGCAGCGUUGACGAGUACAUCCAGUUCUUGCUCCAGGGAGGUGGCAGCUGCCUCUUCAACAAGCCCAACAAGCUGUUGGACCCUCCUGAGUGUGGGAAUGGGUUUGUGGAGCCAGGAGAAGAGUGUGAUUGUGGAUCCCAGCUGGAAUGUGCCCGUAGGGGAGGAGCCUGCUGUAAAAAGUGCACCCUUACCCAUGAUGCCAUGUGCAGUAACGGACUCUGCUGCAGUGGCUGCAAGUAUGAGCAGAGAGGCGUGGUGUGUCGACAGGCUGUGAAUGACUGUGACAUCCCGGAAACUUGCACUGGAGACUCUAGCGAGUGCCCUCAUAAUGUCCACAAGCUAGAUGGAUACAUGUGUGAUAAUAGUCAGGGACGAUGUUACAGUGGGCGAUGUAGGACUCGUGAUGGACAAUGCAAGGGGCUCUGGGGCUAUAAUUCAGCAGACAGGUUUUGUUAUGAGAAGCUGAACGCUGAGGGGACAGAAAAAGGAAAUUGUGGCCCCGGUCCUGAUGGCCAAGGCUGGCUGCAGUGCAACAAGCCAGAUGUUUUAUGCGGGUUCCUGUUCUGUGCUAAUGUGACAACGAAGCCAAAGUUUGGAGACCUCCAAGGUGAGGUGACCAGCUUCACCCUCUAUCACCAGAACAAGUACUUGGACUGCAGGGGUGGCCAUGCUCUGCUAGAGGAUGGCUCAGACCUGGGCUAUGUGGAGGAUGGCACUCCAUGUGGUCCCAACAUGAUGUGUUUGGAGAGACGCUGCCUCCCUGUGGCUGCAUUCAAUCUCAGCACAUGCCCAGGAUCCAACUUUGGACGCAUUUGUUCUGACCACGGGACCUGCAGUAAUGAAGUGAAGUGUAUCUGUGACAGGGACUAUACCGGGAAGGACUGCAGUGUCUUCGAUCCCAUCCCUGAGCCCACAGUCGCAACAGGCCCAGAGAAGAAAGGUCCAAGUGGCACCAAUAUCAUUAUAGGGUCCAUCGCAGGUGCUAUUCUCCUGGCAGCUAUAGUCCUAGGGGGAACAGGAUGGGGAUUUAAGAACAUUCGAAGAGGAAGAUCUGGUGGAGGAUAAGAUCUGUCUGUCUUUCUGUCUCUGUGUCCUGUCCACUUCUGUCUUCCUCCUCGCACUGUGUCAUUUCACGUCGAAGAAGAGGGGAACAAAAAAAAAAGUCUUCCACUACUGUCCCACAAUAUCUCCAAAACCUCUUCCG